AUGUCUAUCAUUUCAGAUGCUGUCAGCAUCCCUGCCUCCUGGAUCCAAAUGGAGUCCUCUACAAUCUCUGAGUAUGAGUAUGAUUUUCAGAGUGAACUAUGUGAGAGGAAGAUCUACUUUGCAAGAUCAUUCACCACUGUCUUGUACUCUCUGGUAUUAUUCCUCAGCCUGAUGGGUAACAGCCUGGUUUUCUGGGUCUUGGUGAAGUAUGAGAAUCUAGAGUCACUCACCAAUAUCUUCAUCCUCAACCUGUGUCUCUCAGAUCUUAUUUUCUCCUGCCUGCUGCCUGUGUGGAUCUCAGCACAAUUUCAUAAAUGGUUGCUAGGUGACUUUCUCUGCAAGCUCCUCAACCUGAUCUUCUCCAUCAGCCUCUACAGCAGCAUCUUCUUUCUCACCAUUAUGACCAUCCACCGCUACCUGUCUGUAGUGAGCCCCAUAUCAACUCUGGGCAUCCAUUCCCUCCGCUGCCGUGUGCUGGUGAUCACGUCUGUGUGGGCAGUCAGUAUCCUGUCCUCCAUCCCUGAAGCUAUCUUCCACAAGGUGAUUGAUUCACAAUGUUCUUAUUCUGAACUUCAUGGGUUGUUGGCCUCAGUCUACCAGCACAACAUCUUCUUUCUCCUCUCCAUGGGGAUCAUCCUGUUCUGUUACAUACAGAUUCUCAGAACCUUGUUUCGUUCAAAGUCCAGACAGAGGCACCGGACAGUCAGGCUCAUCUUCACCAUCGUGGUGGCAUACUUCCUCAGCUGGGCUCCUUACAACCUCAUCCUCUUCCUAGAGACACUAUAUAAAACUAAAGUCAUGCUGCAGACCUGUAAGAGCAGGCAGCAGCUAGACAUGGCUAAUCUCAUCAGCCGCAAUUUGGCCUUCUCCCACUGCUGCUUCAACCCAGUGCUUUAUGUCUUUGUUGGGGUCAAGUUUCGCAGACACCUAAAAAGUCUUCUCCAGCAGGUCCGGCUGUGCUGGCAGAAGACAUCCAGCCCCGUCCCACCCUCCUACUCCCCUGGUGCAUUUACAUACGAGGGCCCCUCCUUCUACUGA